AUGGAGGCAAGCAAGACGGUCUCUACGUCUACGUCUACGUGCACCCGGGAGGUAGACCAAGUCACACAUGUGUUCCAUAUCUUGGAUUACAGCAAGCACAGGGGCAUGGGCAACAACCUCAACAGCUACAUACGGUCCCAGAUAUUCGCUGUCGGCGGCCACGACUGGGCCAUCCGUUUCUACCCUGAUGGGUACCACAAAAGGUACAAAGAUUACAUCUCAGUUUAUCUCGUGCUUUUGUGGCAGAGCAACAAUGUCAUGGCGUCAUGCGACCUGAGGCUGGUCAAUCAGAUCACCGGAUUAUCCUCCUCAGUGCAUAAAACAGGGCCUAGGAUUUUCAGUUCCCAUGACUCCACUGCGUUUGCUCCAGAUGCUCCUGCUUUCAAAAGGCGAAACGAGAUUGAGAACUCCGCAUACCUUAGGGAUGAUCGCCUGACGAUCGAGUGCAUUGUCACCGUCAUCCAAAAGCCACAAGUUACCGAAGCCAGACCAUUCCCCAAGAUCGACAUGCCACCAUCCGACAUGGUCGAGCAAGUCGGCAGGCUGCUAGAUGAGAAGGAGGGGUUUGACGUCAGUUUUAGUGUUGGAGGAGAGACUGUUGAAGCACAUCGGUUCGUUCUCGCCAUGCGGUCGCCCGUUUUCAAAGCGGAGCUGUAUGGGGCAAUGAGGGAGAUUAGGUCGACGGGGCAGCACAUAACCAUCGAGGACAUGCAGCCUGCCGUUUUCAGGGCCCUGAUCCGUUUCAUCUACAACGAUUCUUUGCCUCCCAAUGACCUCGGUACUGAGAUGAUCCGGCUUCUACUAGUGGCUGCCGAUAGAUACGCCAUGGAGAGGCUCAAGAUGGUCUGCCAAAGCAUCCUCUGCGAGGAUCUGAACACGGACACCGUGGCAACCACGCUGGCUUUAGCUGACCAACAUAGCUGCGGCAAGCUUAAGGACGCCUGCUUUGAAUUUAUCGAGAUAUCCGACGCGAUGGAUGCCGUGGUGGCAACCCAAGGCUUCCAAGAUCUCAUGGUGACUUGCCCAUCGCUGGUAGUGGAGGCAUUGGAGAAGCGAAGAAAGUUCCGUAAAGCAUGA